AUGCAGCAUCCCUUAGACAUUGGGGCACACUACCAUCCUCACGAGGCUCAUCCCGACCAUAGAUCAUCACACCGGUACAGGAGUUUUAUGAUCGAGGAGAUUUUAACAGACCAUCCAGAGCACAAGGUGUCUGCCCCGGCCGGGGAGCUUCUCAAAUUCGGAGUACAAGCUCUCUUAUCGGCACGGCCAUUUCAUAACCACUUGGUGUUCAAGGCCGAUCAGACGAGUCUGCUGAAAUUCCCCAUGUCUCCGCUGUCAUGCGCACUGGGAUCUCCGCUGGGGUCUCCGCUCCUGUCCGGCGCUGCCGGCUUGCAGGUCGGCUCCGCGUCUCACCACCUGCCGCUGGACCUCCACCUCCGCAGCAAGCUGGAGCACGGCGCCGACGGCGGAGGCAAAACCAAGAAAGGCAGACGGAGCCGCACCGUCUUCACUGAGCUGCAGUUAAUGGGGCUGGAGAAAAGAUUUGAGAAGCAGAAAUACCUCUCUACACCCGACAGAAUAGAUCUUGCUGAGUCACUUGGGCUCAGUCAACUGCAAGUGAAGACGUGGUACCAGAAUAGGAGGAUGAAGUGGAAGAAAAUAGUAUUACAAGGAGGGGGUUUGGAGUCGCCAACUAAACCAAAAGGCCGCCCGAAGAAGAAUUCAAUACCGACCAGCGAGCAGCUCUCCGAACAAGAGAGAUGUCGUGACCUCGACCGCCAGUCCGACAGCUCCAGCACACACGCAGACAACAACCAGGAGGAAUGAGGCGGCUGUCAGACAUCUUGGUCCUUUGUCAUGUCUACCACGGAUGCGGAACGAUCAAUCUUCGGACAGGGAGAGACACGCUUCGUGUUCAGCGUCGUCGUAACGAUCAUCUUAAGGGCGGACCCUCUUUUGUUGCAGACUUUACGCGUACGGAUUAAGGCCUACACAUAGACUCCCGGCCAGGCCUUAAAACACGUGAUCAUUUCGAGGUACUUUUAACAGUAGCCUGUUAUGCGUUCCCUCUCGCUGAACUUGC